AUGGAAUUCUAUUUGUCAUCCGAUUGUGCAUCACUAGCGCGGUAUGUGAGUAAAGUAGUAUAUUUGGAGGAUAAUGAUAUUGCCCAUAUCUAUGAUGGGGAGCUUCAUAUCCAUUGUUCUAAAAUUGGUUCCGAGGACUUUUCAUUUAGAACAGUUCAAAAAUUAGAAUUGGAGUUGUCCAAAAUCAAAAAAGGCCCUUACGAUAAUUUUAUGCAAAAGGAAAUAUACGAGCAGUGUGAAACAACAAAAAAUGUCAUGAGAGGAAGAGUUGACGCCUUUACAAACAGAGUAGUUUUGGGAGGACUAGAAAAUUGGUUGACAGAAUUGAGAAGAGCAAAACGAAUAAUAAUGAUUGCAUCCAAGGCCUCCUUCCAUUCAUGCCUAGCUGCCCGUCCCAUCUUUGAGGAGUUAAUGGAAGUUCCAGUAAACGUUGAAUUGGCCUUGGAUUUUGUUGACCGCAAUUGUUGCAUUUUCAGGAACGAUGUUUGCAUAUUUGUUUCUCGAAGUGGGGAGACAACUGAUACAAUUAAUGCUUUGAACUACUGUAUCAAAAAAGAGGCAGUCACAAUCGGGGUAGUUAAUUGCAGCGGUUCCUCUAUCUCAAGAUUUACACAUUGCGGUGUUCAUACAAACACAGGCCCCGAGAAAGGUAUUGCAACAACCAAGUCUUAUACUUCUCAAUACAUCGCUUUAGUCAUGAUUGCCCUAUGGAUGUCGGAAGAUUUGGUGUCUAAAAUAGAAAGGAGGAAAGAAAUAAUUCAAGCCUUAACUAUAGUCCCAAGCCAAAUAAAAGAAGUUUUGGAGCUUGAACCAUUGAUUAUUGAAUUGUGUGACAAGAAACUAAAACAGCAUGAUACAUUUUUGCUUUUAGGAAGAGGUUACCAAUUUGCCUCUGCUUUGGAAGGCGCCUCGAAGAUGAAAGAAAUUUCUUACGUGCAUUCUGAAAGUAUUCUUACCAACGAGCUAGGACACAGAGUCCUAGCUGUGGCAUCUGAUAAUCCGCCAAUUAUCGCCUUUGCGACAAAGGAUGCUUUUUCGCCCAAAAUCGCGUCUUGCAUUGACCAAAUAAUAGAAAGGAAGGGCAAUCCGAUUAUCAUUUGUAACAAGGGGCAUAAGAUAUGGGAGCAAGACAAACAAAAAGGAAACGUUGUUACACUCGAGGUACCCCAAACCGUAGAUUGUCUCCAAGGGAUACUUAACGUUAUUCCUUUACAAUUAAUUUCUUACUGGUUAGCGAUCAAGAAAGACAUCGGAGUUGAUUUGCCAAGGGACUCGGCGAUGUCGGCCCCGGAUAUAUAA